GGACUGCAGCCUGGAGGGCGGCCGUCUGCCCGGAGCACCCGCUGAUGUGGAGUAGUUACGACCCGAGCUCGUUCGCCGAAUCCAGCGAUGAGAAAAGAAAACGAAUUCAAAAAGAAAAAGCAGCAAAAACUAUUCAGAAUGCGUGGUGGAUUCAUGUAAAGACAAGGUUGUUCAAGCUCCUGAAACAUACAAUUCGUGCAGCGGAGCAUUGUAUUAGUUAUGAUAUUUUGAAAAGAGUGAGUCCUUUGGAGGCUGAACUUCUUAAGGAUCCUAGUAUUCUAUGCAAAGUCCGAUUCAGAUUUGCUGGGACCAACUUUCCUCCUUUUAUUGUGUUCAAGAUAUUUUGCAUCUCAGGGGGCCAAGGCAGCAAAUACCUCAGUGGGAAAACAAUAAUAACAUCACGAAGUGAGGCAGCUUCUGACGCUUGCAGAUUAAUGGGACAUCGGAAGUAUUAUAAGCAGAUAUUACAGGAUGAGCUUCAGUAUAAAAGAUACGGAGUAACUGAUGAGAUAGAUGUUGCUACAGUAAAGGACUACAUGCAAUAUAGCAGUCACUUGGAUGAGACUCCAGCAUACUUUGGUGGCAGGCAUAACUACUGGAGAAGACUAUCACUUGAAAAUUUUCCCAGGACAAUGAUAAUGUAUGACAUCAUGGAGUAUGCACAAUCGGGGAAAAUGUCUGCCAGACUGAGGUGUGAACUUCCAUUUCUGCUGCUGAGACCAGAGAAUGAAGAGACGUACCACGCUCAACUCAUGGCCGUUUGUCAAAUCAGAUUUGUAACACCACAUCCUGCAAUGGCCAGCCCACUGGGAUUAGACCGACGGUCAGCAACCACAUCUGAGCGUUGCUCUUAUCAAGCUCGGCAGAAGAUUGCAAAAAUGAGGAAGGCUUAUAAACUCAAUAAAGAAAAAAAGGAACAGAAGCUGGAUAUUUCAACUCCUUUAACAGGUCAUCAAGAAGCUAAAAUUCCAUUACAGGAAGGCACAGUUAACCAAACUCUAUUUGUGGAGGAAGAAUGGGAGAAAGAGGCAGCAAAGCUUUUUGCCUGGUCUAAAUCACUGGGUGAAGAUACUGGAGAUGACUAAAUGUGUUUUUUUAAUGAAAAAGUUCCCCAUUUGAAAUUACACAGGGGCUACUGUAGUAGAAAAGCAGAUAAAAUUGCCCUUAUGCAGUUAUCUUGGCCACAAUGCAAACAGAGUCCUGACAGAACAUAAAUGCAAUAUACUCCAAAGGGGGAAAGGGCUUAAACUGGUAUCCACUGAACUCAGUAGAAAGAUGCAUUCUCCUUAAUAUGACAGACUACAACCGUAGUUUUUCUAUUUUAAAAUGCUGUAAUGAUAUAAUACUCUGUGCUGUGAAAUAAUUCUAUAAAACCUUAGAUCAAUAAUGGUCAAAAGCUAUGCACUUUUAAAUGACAAGUUCUAAUGGGAAACAGUGAAGUACAUCCUUCAAUCUCUUCAAUUAAAACCAGUAUGCCUAGUAAGGGCUUAACUUUGGCUAGAUUUUGUCCAGUUGUCUAAUGUUAGCAUUUCAUCUUUUCCCAGUUAGACCAACAUGGUUUGUGUAUAGUAAACCUAAACCAUAAGGCAAAAUAUAAUAAAGAUUAAAAAUAUUUUAUUUA